AUGAAUACUACUGAAUUGAAUCCCAGCACAAACCGACGUCUGCAAGCUGCCGGCGGAGGCGCCGGUCUUCAUGCACUCGAAGCUGUGGCUGCAUCUGAUGACGCCUUCCCACCCUUGAAGUUGGCUGUUGUCAAAGCGUUGGAUAUCAUCGAGAUCAUCAAGAAAUUCAACUCUAACAGGAGAGCCUGGGCUGCUUGUUCAGAUAAUCUUACUGGGAAAUUUGAGGAGAUCACUUGGUAUACCUGUCAAUUUCACAAGGAUCAUGUUCCGUCUGCUUUGCAAUCUUGGCUUGAGGAUUUGAAAGGAGCUUUGGACCAUCUAAAAGAAAGUGUUUCAGAUAUUCACAAGCAGAGUUUAAGGAGUUUUCCCAGCUUCUCACAAGAUACAGAGCAUAUUGAGAAAUUUGAGGGAAAGGUGAAUGAAAUCAUGAGCUCUUUCCAUGUCCUUUGGUAUGAGAAGAAUCUCCAAACUGACAGUCCAGAGACUGCUGAACAGCUGAGGACCACAGAGGCCAGUCAAGAUAGUGCUACAGCAGCUCAAGUAACUGUCUUUGCUGGGGCACAAGAUAUUCAGAUGGAUCAUAGUGUAAUUAUUGCUGGACAAGUUGUCCACUACAACAAUACUGAGGAACUUCAAGAGAAAAUCAAUGCCAUGAUAGAGGAAUCAAAGGAAAGUCAUCCAAUUCCUCAGGCAGAUAAAUGGUUGCAGGAGCUCAAGGCUCCAUUACAUAGUAAACCAUCAGAGAGAUGUAUGCCUGGAACUCGAGUAGAUGUGCUAACAGACAUUAAAGCAUGGGUAAAUGAUCCAAGCAUGCCAAACAUUCUCUGGCUUUCUGGCAGUCCUGGCUCUGGGAAGACAACAAUUGCUUCAACUGUUGUGGCUAGCUUUGAACAUUUUUCUGGGCAAUUCUUCUUCCACCGUGAUCAGACUGAGCUUCAGAAUCCAGAUAAUCUAUGGAGAUGCCUUGCUUUAGAUCUUGCUCAGGGAAACACUGCAUUGAAGAUAUCUAUAGCCCAAGCACUAGAGGCACAGAAAGCUAAAGUCAGAGGUCUUGACAUUCUCAUGCAAUUUGAGCAUCUCAUUGUCAAGCCACUCCAGGAGGCCUCUCAAAGCUCUGUGAAGCCACUUCUUCUUGUUAUUGAUGCUCUGGAUGAGUGUGAUUCAUAUGAGAGACUCUUACCUUCUUUAAAAUCCUGUUCUCAACUUUACAAGUCUCUAAAGCUUCUAGUUACAAGUCGCCGCUAUCCUGAUAUUCAGAAUGCAUUGAAACCUGUUGGUUAUCAUAUUGAUCUUCAUGCUGGAGAUGAAGUUUCUGAUCAGACUGCUGAUGAUCUUUGGAAAUACUUUACCACAAGAUUUCUUGAAGGGGCUAAUUUAGAUGCCUCAGCUCUAUAUCUGAAUUGGCCUGGUCUAGAAAAAAUUUCCUUUCUUGUAGAAAAAGCUGCUGGGCUAUUCAUUUGGGCUAAAUCUGCAAUGGACUUCAUCUUGUAUAAGGGUGGUGACAUUCAAGGGAGGCUGGAAGUUAUAUGUUCCAAUACUGGAGAAGGGACUGAUGCCAUUGAUGGCUUGUACCAUCAUAUCAUUUCUGCUGCUUUUCAGGGUCUAAGAGAAACAGAGAAAAAUUCCUUGUCAUCAGUUUUGGGCUCCAUUGUCAUUGCAAGAAAUCCACUUCGUUCCAGUGAUCUUGAACAGCUUCUAGAGGUUCAAGAUGCAUUGUCUGUAAUCAGUCAACUAAGUCCAGUCUUGUCUAUCAGUGAAAGUGGCCAUUUGCAGAUCUGUCAUCACUACUUCUGGGCAAUCUAUCUGCAAAAAUGUUCUGAUAGGGCAUUGGAAGAGAAGAUAAUGGUUGAAAUGGAGAAAUUUCUGAUAAACCAUCUUUUACAUUGGCUAGAAAUUAUGAGUCUGAUGGGUGCUGUAAAUCAUGCUGCUCACUUACUGCUUUUGGCUGAAACUUGGUGCAAAGCAUUGAAGCCUAGUAUGUCAGAGUUUGCAAGUGAUGCAAACCAGUUUAUAAUGACAUUUUUUGAGCCAAUCUCUGAAGCAGCACCACACAUUUACAUCUCAGCACUGCCAUUUGCCCCACAAAAUUCUAAAAUAUCCCUUCACUUCAUACAACAUUUUGGAAAGACUUUGACAAUUGAGAAUGGUCAGAUGAAACAGUGGCCAGACAGGUGCCUUCUGAAAAUAAAGACUGAUAUUGGUCCACUUGCAUAUUCACCUGAUGGCAGGCACAUUGUCUCUGGAUCUGAUGGAGGAGCUAUUCAUGUCUGGGAUGCCCUCACAGGCCAUAAUAUCAUGGAUUUUAAAGGCCAUGCUGACUAUACAAUCAAAAUCUGGGAUGCUUUAACAGGCCAGUGUGUUAUGGGUCCUCUUGAAGGCCAUGAUGACUGGAUUAGCUCAGUUACAAUCAGAGUCUGGGAUGCUCUAUCUGGUCAGAAUAUAACAGUUAUUUUUAGAGGCUCUGAUUCCAUCCGAAGGGUAGCUUUUUCUUCUGAUGGCAAGCACAUUCUUUGUGCAACUGGAAACCGCAUAAUCAGACUCUGGAAUGCUCUGACAAGUCAUUGCACAUUAAGUCCUCUUGAAGAUGAUGAGGGUUCAGUUUUUACAGUGGCUUUUUCACCCAAUGGCAAGCAUAUUCUUUCUAGAUGUGGGGACAAUAUAAUCAAAGUUUGGGAUGCUCUAACAGGUCACACUAAGGUAGAUCAUGUAAGAGGCCAUGAGGAUGGAAUAAGAUCAGUUGCAUUUUCUCCUGAUGGCAAACACAUUGUCUCUGGGUCUAAUGAUGCAACACUAAGAAUUUGGGAUGCUCUGACAGGUCUUAGUGUCAUGGGUCCACUUAGAGGUCAUGAUGCCAUGGUUACUUCAGUUGCAUUUUCUCCAGAUGGCAGAUAUAUUGCCUCUGGAUCUCAUGAUUGCACAGUCAGAGUCUGGGAUGCUUUAACAGGUCAUGGUGACCUGAUCAAUUCAGUUGCAUUUUCUCCAGAUGGCAGAUUCAUUAUCUCUGGGUCUAAUGACAGAACAAUCAGAGUAUGGGAUGCUCUGACAGGUCAAAGUAUAAUGAAUCCUCUUAUAGGUCAUAAGGGUCGUGUUAACUCUGUUGCCUUUUCUCCUGAUGGAAGGUAUAUUGUGUCUGGAUCUGAUGAUAAAACUGUCAGAGUGUGGGAUUCUAGCACAGGACAGAGUGUCAUGGAUCCUCUAAAAGGCCAUUAUGCUUGGGUUUAUUCAGUUGCAUUCUCUCCUGAUGGGAAGUACAUUGUUUCUGGUUCUCUUGACAAAACAAUUAGACUCUGGGAUGCUGUAACAGGUCACAGUUUGGGAGAUCCAUUCCAAGGCCAUUAUGCAGCUGUUCUAUCAGUUGUCUUUUCACCUGAUGAUAAAACCAUCAGGCUCUGGGAUUGUAUCUCACAUUUUCAAGAGUAA